AUGGUUGCCGCUAAGUUCACCGUCGUCAAGACCGCCAAGUACUCCGUCCUUCACCCGACGCCGCCCCAAGGCCGCUGCCGCCAAGGCCGCCACGCCCAAGGCUGCCCCAAGGCUGCCACGCCCAAGGCCAAGAAGCCCGCCGAUGACGAUGAUGAUGAUGACAUGUUCGGCGACGACGACGAGGAGGAGGACGAGGCCGCCAAGGCCGCCGCCAAGAAGCGCGCCGACGCCGCCAAGGCCUCGAAGAAGGAGAAGGCCAAGCCGAUUGAGCGCUCGCAGGUCGUGAUUGAAGUCAAGCCCUGGGAAGCCGAGACGGACCUUGAGGCGCUCGCCAUCAAGAUCAAGGCCCUCGAAGUUAACGGCCUUACGUGGGGCGAGAGCCACAAGCUUGUCCCGGUCGCUUUCGGCAUCAAGAAGCUCCUCGUCCAGUGCAUCAUCAUUGACGAGCUUGUCUUGUUGGACGACAUCACGGAAGCCAUCGAGCAGUUCGAGGACGAAGUCCAGUCGGUCGAUGUCGCCUCGAUGAACAAGAUGUAA